CCUACGGAUAAAAUUAAAGAAUACUUGUUUGAUAAACCUUUGGGAACAAUUAAUAUUCUUUUUCCGUGCUACCUUUUUGCAAUAUAAGUAGAUGAAGAGGUUUAAUACUACUUUAUUAGUAUUCUUAGGCCUUGUUGUUGUGUGCUGUGUUCAACCAGGAAAAGGAAGUAGGUUGUUGCAUGAAAAAGAGUUGAUGAAAUUGCAGUCUCUUCAAAGAGGUCCAGUCCCUCCAUCUGGACCAUCUGGUUGCACCAAUAUCCCUGGAAAUGGUGGCUCUGGCUCAGGUUGCCCACUCAAUGAAAUGCACUUUGCUGGUCGACAUGUUAAUUUGUUAAGAGCUACUUCUGCCUAUCCCACCAGCCUCAUGGUUCAUUUUGGUGUCGCUGUUAAUCGGGAUGAAGCUCUUCUAUAGUGCAACAACUGCUUUACCCAUAAAAAAAAUUAUAUUAGCAAGAUGGUUUCUUUUAUUUUAUUUUUUUAAUUCUUUACAUUAAUUUCUUGGAACUCCUUUUUGGAUUUCCUUUGGGAGGGUUGGUGGGAGACCGCUAGCUAGCGUUUCAGAUAUUCCAUUUUUUUCAUUUGUUUGUAAAUUAGGUAUAGAAGAUAUUUGUUUCUCAAUUGUAUGCCAAUUUGUUGAUCAUAUAAAAGAUCUUGUUUAAGCA